GCGCCGAGGCACAAGCAGAAUUGUAAACGUGCGCCCGCCGCGACCGCAUGAGUCCGAGCAGCUGCUUCAGCACCGGUGUCCCGCGAUUCGAGUCGCGCUGCUCGCCGCAGUUCUUUGCGUGGUGCGGUGCGUCGGGAAGACUUGGCUUGCGGACGGCGCUGCCCCCUUUGGAGUUACUCAGCCAUGAAUGAGCCAAUUAAGAAGAGCUACCUGCCUACCGUGCACAAGUGCCCGUGCCUGAAGAGCCACCCCGUGGUGAUGCCGCGUUCGUUUCCGGAAGAAGUGCACCAGCUGCGCUGCCAGGAGGGCCCCGAGGCCGGCACGGUCUCCAGUCUGAAGCUGCACGUUGGCAAACUGUUCCGGUCGACGUCUGCGGCGACCGCCAACGGCGCCGCGCCGCCCAGUCCCUCGCCGCCAUCCAGUCAGACGUCCAUACCUCCCUGGAACCCGGCCAGGCGCAUUGUCACCUUCGUCUGUCUCGUGUCGCUCAUCUGCACCGCCAUCAUCGUCGCUGUCGUGGUCGCGGCCGUCCUGCUGUCGCGCCACAUCGCGCACCCGUCGCGGCAGCAGCACCGUUACCGGCGGCUCAUGUCCGACGUGGCCGUGGACGUGGUGCCCAAGCCGCAGGACCUGGUCGACCGGACCAACACCAUCGUCGUGCACCGCAAGAACCCGACCGCGUGGCAGUCCCAGUCGCGCCAGCUGCGCUCGCUGCUGGACAGCUACGCCGUCGAAGGCGGCUCCCGCUGUGAGCCGGGCAGCCGCUGCCCCUUCCCCGUGGGCUUGGUCAGCGACAACUGCAGCGAGGCGGACUUCUUCGGCUACCGGGAAGGCGCCCCGUGCGUGGCACUCGUGUUCCGGCGGGCGCCGGACUGGACGCCGCAGCCCCUGGCGCCCUCGGACCUCGCGUCUCCCGCGGUGCCGGACGAAGUGCGCGAGGGCUACGACCCGGGUCUGCUGUACGUCACCUGCAAGAGCGAGCACAUCAGCAGGGACAUCGACAUCCGUUACUCGCCCUACCACGGGUUUCCGCUUCGCUUCUUCCCGGCCGCCCGGCAUCCGCCGAUGCUGAUGCUGCACUUUCCCAACCCGCCGCUUCGCACCGAGAUCUGGGUCACUUGCCGCUUCUGGGCCAAAAACCUCGACCAGUCCAGCAAUGGGAAGGUAACCUUCAAGCUGCUCGUCAUGUGAGCUUCGGAGACGACUAGUGCGACACGGUCAGGACCCAUGCAAGACGGAGCCGUUGACCUUGUCCUUGGAGCGACCGCCUCUCCUCCAGUCCUCAGAAAACCAGUGAAUUCGCCGCUGACGUCGGCAGUGAGCAGUUUUAAACCUCUUGGUGCUCGUAUGUGCACAAGCAGUGAUCCUGCCGGAACAGCAUGCGCGUCAGCAUAAGAGUGUGAUACUGCUCAAAGUAGCUGGUAGUCCUUGGUGCGCCUAUAUAAGUAGCGAGCAUAUCGCUGUGGUCUCGGUUGCGUAGCCACUGUGGACAGUUACACUCAAGUGCCGGCACCCUCGCAUAACUCUCGUCAUCAUUGGACUCCAUCAGUGAAAGAUCGCCUGUGUUUUGUGCUUGUCAUCGUCACGCGCUGCUUGCCAUUUAUGAGACUAGAAACGUGCUUCCUUGUGAACAAAACUGAAUGUGCGCAUGAAUAUGUCGCAGUGUGUACGGAGUGCAAGAACAUCCCGUGUGUGGCCGAACUUAGAAAGCACUAAAUGGCACCUGACUGCGAAGCAGCGACUGCCCAUUUACCGUGUUAUCGUCCUUGCAUGACAGUGACGUUUCUUUCUUACUUUUAUUUAUUAUUUUUGCUUUCUGUCUCCAAGGUUGCUGCUUGUACAAAUGGAAUAGGAACCAGACGCAGCUCCCGAUAAAAAAAAAUUUGAAGAACCAUGGCACCUAUUCAAAACAAUGCCAUUCGCCCAAAACUACCGACGUGGCUAAUUUUUUUUUUCGUUCAUUACGACAACCUUCACGCUGAUCUACAGCGAGCUAGAGUAGUUGUACCCUGAAACCCUUGCGCAUUUGUUCGAGGCCCUAAUGUUUCUCUAUUAAUUUAUUAUAAACAUUGAUUUGUUAAUUGUAAGUUAUAAUUGUAUAUUGUGCGGCGUGAUGCAGUGUAAAUAUGUAUUCUGAGCGUUCAUAAGCCUUCAGGCUUAGCUUGAGUGACCGAGUUCGUAGCCUUAACUGCACAAUGCAGCAGAAACCACCCGUGGAUGCACGGAACAUGUAUGUCUUGCGACAUCCCAACACAGCGUUUUGAUGUACUUCUGUGUUCGCUACCACUUCCAUGACGUGUAUUCGGUCCGCGAGAAGAAACCUUCUCGUGGCUGUAGGCCUGGGCCGAAGUAUCUGCACGCUAUUUUUGUAUGAAAGCGUGGCUCAUUGAACGCGCACAAAAAUUCCCAAUCGAUUCUACUUCCGUCUUCA